GAAAGUGAUGUGAAUGGAUGUUUGGGGUACUCAACUACGUAUGGAGUGAAUAAUGCGAGCAUUCUUCUGGACAUUCCAUUCUUUGAUGUCACCAAAUGUCUUCCGUACGACAUAAUGCACACAAUAUUUGAAGGUGUUGCUCCACGUCUCCUCAAAGAGCUUCUUGUUACUUUUAUCAAUAUCAAGAAGUACUUCACCUUGUCAGAGCUCAACCAGUCUCUUGCAUCCCACCAUUACGGAUAUUCAGAGCUUGACACCAAACCAAACACAAUUACUGGGUCGACAAUGGAGUAUCAUAUCAAACAGAAAGCUUCUCAGAUGAAAGCACUGAUCCGAUUAUUCCCGUUUAUCAUGGGGGGCUUUGUUCCAGAGGGCGAUGAACACUGGGGUCUUCUCCUAACUCUGUGGGAUAUCUGCACAAUGGUGACCGCAUUUGUGGUUACAGAGGCAGAUGCUUCUGAUCUGGCAUGGAAAGUAGAGUUGUUGCUAGAAACAUAUGUGCAACUCUAUCCAAACUCGCCCUAUGUUCCAAAGAUGCAUUAUCUUCUGCAUCUACCUGACGAACUAUUAAGAUUUGGUCCACCACGAAACACAUGGUGUAUGCGGUUUGAAUCCAAGAAUAAGGAGUUAAAAGGUUUCACCUCAAACUGCUUUAAGAAUGUCCCAUACAGUGUGAGUGUCCGACACCAGCAGAGGUAUUGUCACCUUCUAGCAGUGCGUCCUGGACAAGAGAUGUCAAAUUUCUUGUACAAAGGAGAUGAAGUAUCCUCAGGUAAAUUUCUAUUGCUGUUUGUAAAUACAGAAUAA